AUGGCACGGAAUCUCCGUGCAAAGAUCCCUGCGUCAGAUACUCUCAUUGUACAUGAUGUCAACGAAGCAACUAUGCAAAAGUUUGCUGCCGAGGCUAAAGCUGCCGGCGCAGGCGCAAAUGCUGUUGAGAUUACGGACAGCGCGAGAGCGCUGGCCGAGAAAUCAGAUACAAUCAUCACCAGUCUCCCUGAGCCAGUUCAUGUAAAACACGUCUUUCACUCAAUUCUCAAACCUGGUCCCUUACCGACGUUGGAGCGGGAGCGCCUCUUUAUCGACACUUCCACUAUCGACCCAGCCUCGUCGAAAGAAGUGGCAUAUGCUGUCCAAGCACCAAAUCAUGGUCGCUUUGUUGACGCACCUAUGUCUGGGGGAGUGGUUGGCGCUGAAGCUGGCACGUUAUCAUUCAUGUUCGGAGCUUCCUCCAAAACAGGCGCCUUGGUCGAGCGCGUCAAACUAGUCUUGGCUCACCUGGGCAAGAAUGCGUGGCAUCUGGGCGAACAAGGCGCCGGGGUGAGCGGCAAACUUGCCAACAACUACAUACUCGCCAUCAAUAAUAUCGCAGUGGCCGAAGCGAUGAAUCUCGGAGUUCGAUGGGGCUUAGACCCGAAGGCCCUGGCUAGCAUGAUCAACUCGUCGACUGGUCGCUGCUGGCCUAGCGAAGUCAACAACCCUGUCCCUGGAGUUGUCGAGAAGGCCCCCGCUUCUCGCAACUACGACGGCGGAUUCGGAAUUAGUCUCAUGAGGAAGGACUUGAAACUGGCAAUCGCAGCGGCCCAAGAGUCGGGCACACCUUUAGAGCUGGCUGCAACAGCUCGUGGGUUAUACGACGCUGUGGACGACGCACACCCCGGAAAGGACUUUUCGGUUGUUUAUAAAUAUUUGCAGGAGAUUUCUCGAUAG